UUAAUUCCAUUCUCUAUAUUUGGAAUUUUUAGGUAUCACUCUCCCCUCUUUUUCGUAAGAGCAAGAGGAGGUUAGGAAAGAGUGCAAUAUUCACUCAUGCAAAAGAAAGCACCAAAAAAAGUGAUGGAGAAUUUCAUUCCUUGCCACCCCUCAACAAGAACUGGCAUGAGGGGAGCAACCUUUAGAAGAGACAACAUUUUCUUUUCCACCUCUAUUUAGUUACUACUACUUUAAAUUCAUUUCUUAGCUCAACCUAUCUCUCAGUCUCCUUCAGCCCUUUCUGUUUCAACUUCUGUUUUAUUAUUUUAUUGAAGCAUAAGAGGAAACAAGAAAAGAAGAUAUCCAGAAAUGGAAUGAGGGAGAAAAGAGGAUAACAAGGAAAUGACUCAGUGCAGUUACCCUGAAAGCAAUCAUAGCAUCAUUGUGGAGAGGCACAAAGACAGCUUAAUUAGAACAUGUCCUACAUGUGGUCAUCAUAUCAAAUGCCAAGAGCAGGUUGGUGGAAUUCAUGACUUACCUGGACUACCUGCUGGAGUGAAGUUUGAUCCCACUGAUCAGGAGAUUCUUGAACAUUUGGAAGCAAAAGUGCGGUCUGAUAUUCACAAGCUUCACCCGUUAAUUGAUGAGUUCAUCCCUACUCUUGAAGGAGAGAAUGGAAUCUGCUGUACCCAUCCAGAGAAGUUGCCAGGAGUGAGCAAAGAUGGCCUGAUCCGUCAUUUCUUUCACCGGCCUUCCAAGGCAUACACGACAGGAACAAGGAAAAGGAGAAAAGUGCACACAGAUGCUGAUGGCAGUGAUACCCGAUGGCACAAAACAGGUAAGACUAGGCCAGUCUACAUUGGUGGCAAGUUAAAAGGGUACAAGAAAAUUCUUGUGCUUUACACAAACUACAGAAAACAAAGGAAGCCGGAGAAAACAAAUUGGGUUAUGCACCAGUACCACCUUGGCAAUAAUGAAGAGGAGAAGGAAGGGGAAUUGGUGGUCUCAAAAGUUUUCUACCAAACACAACCUAGACAAUGUAGUUCAACGAUGAAAGACUCAUAUCCUGCAAAACUAAACGGUCAAGGCAUGCAUGAGGUAACUAACAAAAACAUUGGGUUUGGUGAGUAUUACAACACUUCUUUCAUAUCAUUUGAUCAAGGAGACCAACAUAGAUCUACCAAUGCUCAAGUAGUUUCCCAUUUUCCUGUCCAUGAUGCUACUUUCAUUUCUUGAAAGUAGUGAUGUAAAGGAACAAGAAAUGUGAGAUGCCAUGAAAGAUGAAGGAACAUGACAAUUGUAUUCUGCGAUGAAGAAAUAAGUUAAUAACCAACUCUAGUUAGGAGGGAAAAGGCGGAACAGAAUAAGAAGAAACUGCUUCAUCUGAAAAAUAGCGGUCAGAUACUUCUCUUGAGGGAGAAACAAAAAAGACCGGGAGAAGUAAAGAGAAGAAAAAAAUAAAUACAAAGAUUUGGUUGUAACUACGUUUUCUUUUUUUUCUUGGAAUUUUUUUAAAGUAUUAGCUGUUAUCAUGAUAUGUACAGUGACACGAAAGCAUACGUUAAUUGUCCU